AUGCUAGUGAAGGCUUCGGCGCACGGUUUGCUGCCAGACGUGGACAUGUUGCGUUGCAAGGAGCACAAUAGCUUCGCAACGGAGUGCGUGCUGCCGCGCCGUGUUAAGCGUAGCCUACCCCCAUUGCCCGAGGACAAGGAGUGCAGCGGCAUGGAGCUGAAGAAAGGGAGUAAGGCGGCGCGGAGGCGUCGUCAGAGGCGACAUGUUCGGUUACCGGUUGUGCCUGAAUACGACGAGUGC